GCGCAGGCGCCCGCGCGGCGUGAUCGCCGGCGUGGUCCCCAUGGAGUUACCUUAGCAGAACCGGCACCUCCGGGAGCAUCCGGGAUGAGCGGCGCGGAGGCCGACCGCUGGGCGUGGCUGCUGGUGCUUAGCUUCGUGUUUGGGUGCAAUGUCCUCAGGAUCCUCCUCCCGUCCUUCUCCUCCUUCAUGUCCAGGCUGCUGCAGAAGGAUGCUGAGCAGGAGGCGCAGAUGAGAGCAGAGAUCCAGGACAUGAAGCAGGAGCUCUCCACUGUCAACAUGAUGGAUGAAUUCGCCAGAUACGCCAGGCUGGAGAGAAAGAUCAACAAGAUGACGGAUAAGCUUAAAACUCAUGUGAAAGCUCGGACAGCUCAGUUGGCCAAGAUAAAAUGGGUUGUAAGUGUUGCCUUCUAUGUAUUGCAAGCUGCCCUGAUGGUGUCGCUCAUCUGGAAGUAUUACUCUGUCCCCGUGGCUGUGGUACCGAGCAAGUGGAUCACUCCGCUAGACCGCCUGGUAGCAUUUCCUACUAGAGUAGCAGGUGGCGUUGGGAUUACCUGCUGGAUUUUAGUCUGUAACAAGGUGGUGGCGAUCAUGCUUCACCCUUUCAGCUGAAAGAAGACAGUUGCAACUAGGACAUUUUAGAGAGUGGAUUUCCACUGAGUAGGUCACAAAUCUGAUUUAUACUUUUUUUUUUUUUUAAGGAAACAAAAGCACACAGGUUAGUUUUUUUGUUGAAUGUGUUUGUUCUUGGAUUUUAUAUGAGAUACGAGAGUCACGAUUUUGUACACUUGUCACCGAGCUGGAAGGCCAGGCUCCCUCACGUGUGACCUGGCCAGCAAGUCCCGGGUUUGUUACAA